UGCGGCCAAAAAUCUAUAAAUUAUAGAUUUGACUAAAGAUUUAUCGCAGUGCAUGAGGCUUUAGACGUCACCAAACCACGCCACCUCAUUCCUGCUCUCCCAACAACAACAUCUCUUCCCGAGACUACUUUUUGGCCAGUGCCAUGGCCUCUGCCGCCUAGGUAUUGAUUACGAGAUACGUUGACAUGAAACAAGAAUGGCGUCUCGGCUUGACCGACUCGUCACAAUCCUCGAAACCGGCAGCACCCGACUGAUUCGGGACACGGCUGUCAAUCAGCUUGCCGACUGGCAAAAACAGCAUCCCGAUGAGCUGUUCAACCUUUUGACCCGGGUUGUCCCCUACCUCAGGCACAGAGAAUGGGAGACAAGAAGCACUGCCGCCAAGGCAAUAGGCAAAAUCAUCGAGAAUGCGCCCUUGUACGAUCCCAAUGCGGAUGACACGUCUCCCCCUGAGGAUGACGCAGCCGGCGACAAGAAUGGCAUCGUCAAGAAGGAAGAACAGAAGGAUUCCAUCCUCGACCAAGAGGAUUACCUUUCGCUUGACAACCUUGACGUUGCCUCCAUUCUGAAGUAUGGCCGGCCGCUGCUCCGCGGGGGCAACGUGGACCUCGCGCUCGCCGCAUUGGACCCGCAGAAGCGGCUGGCUCAUCAGCAAAAAACGCUGAUCGGCAGGCUUGGUCUUCUCGGCCGUGUGGUUGAGGAAGACGAGCUGCCCGUCGUUCCCGAGCAUGCAAUCAGCCCCGAGACGCCGCACGAGGCUGGGGCCGGCACAAAUGGCUUCGGGCGGCAAGACAGCAUAGGCAGCGAGAGUCAGGCCCAGGCUCAGGACGAGAGCAAGCUUAGCUCACGACAACUGAAUGUUCUCAAGAGGAAACGGAAGCGGGAGGCUCAGAAGGCCGCCCAGGGUAAGAGUGGUUUUGGUGAUCUGACCCUCCGCCGGACAACAACGGCGGGUUCAGACGGGUUCGCCGACGACACACCUAUGCCCGAUGCUGACUCGAAAAAGAACGGCAAGGUGUCUGAUUAUUUCAGCCUUGACCGGCCCGCCGACGUGGACGAAGACACCAAGGUUGUGUCCGAGUUCAAGGGGCCUGUUCUCCCAAUCAAGUCCGAGCUCGAAGUGGACGAUAAUAUGGAGGGCGCCGAAUGGCCGUACGAACGCCUCUGCGAUUUUCUAAAGGUCGACCUGUUUGAUCCUCAAUGGGAAACACGCCAUGGCGCCGCCAUGGGCCUGCGAGAGAUUAUCCGUGUUCACGGCGCCGGCGCUGGGAGGCGUAAAGGCAAAUCGCGCAAAGAAAACGAUAGGCUUAACCGCCAGUGGUUGGAUGACUUGGCGUGCCGCCUUUGUUGCGUCCUCAUGCUCGACAAGUUUACCGACUACAGCUCCGACACGUCAGUAGCUCCUAUCCGAGAGACUGUCGGCCAAACUCUUGGUUCGGUUCUUCGCCACAUCCCGGCGCAAUCGGUGUACGCCAUUUACCGGCUGCUCUAUCGAAUGGUGAUGCAAGAAGAUCUGAACCUGGAGCAGAAUGUCUGGGCCGUUUGCCACGGAGGCAUGGUGGGCUUGAGGUAUGUGGUUGCCGUGCGUAAGGACCUCCUGCUCCAGGAUGGGGACAUGAUCGACGGCGUCAUCCGUGCUGUCAUGAAAGGCCUCGGCGACAUGGACGACGAUGUCCGCUCAGUCAGCGCGGCAACCCUAAUUCCAAUGGCCAAGGAAUUCGUCAUGAUGCGCCGAGGAGCACUAGAAGGCCUCAUCCACAUUGUUUGGGAGAGUCUCUCGAACCUGGGUGAUGACCUGAGUGCUUCAACCGGCAAAAUCAUGGACCUGCUUGCGACUUUGUGCAGCUUCCCCGAAGUAUUGGAAGCUAUGAAGCUCUCGGCCUCCCGGGAUGAGGAGCGAUCCUUCACCCUCCUAGUUCCCCGGCUUUAUCCUUUCCUCCGGCACACCAUCACGUCGGUGCGGCUUGCCGUGCUGAAAGCCCUAAUGACUUUCGCGAACUUCGGUGGCGAGGCGUCUCAAGGAUGGCUCAACGGGAGGAUAUUGCGCCUCGUUUUCCAGAACAUUGUGGUCGAGCGGGAUCAAGAUACGCUCAGCAUGUCUCUGGAGCUGUGGGCUGCGCUCGUACGUGACCUUGCUAAGGACCCAGUGGCCCUUGCCGACGAAUUCGAGGCACACGUGGAACCGCUUAUGCAGCUGACGCUUCAUCCCAUCGGCGUCCCUCGACACCCCAUUCCUAUGAACGGUAACCUCUUUCAAAAGCCCUCGGGCGGGACAUACUCGGUUCCCGGCGUUGUCCCUACCCCAAGCAGACGGUCAUCGCCCCCAGAGGGCGAGAGGGCCACGAAGCGCCGGAGAAAGUCGACCAAGGUGGACGACACUCCGCCGACGACGCACGCCCACGACGUUGAUGGCCACAUGAUGCAAGGCGAUGUUGAUCUGGUCGGCAUGGAUGUGCUCAUUCGCUCCCGCAUCUCGGCGGCUAAGGCCAUGGGUCUCAUCAUGUCGCUCAUCCCGCCCUCCAGGCUCGCCUCGUAUGACAGCAACAUCCUGCAAGGGCUGAAAUCUCCGUUCGCAUCAACGCAGCUGUCUGCGUCCAUGGUGAUUGACGAGUACGCGAAGAACUGCGCGACAAGUGAUGCAGCAGGGCGGUUUAUCGAGCCUCUGCAAAAGAUCAUUGACCAGGAGCGGCCGUCGCAUUACCGGGACCUGGUGAGCUAUGUUCACCGGGUGCGGUCGCAAUCGCAGCAGCUCAUCAAUCUCUUCCGUGACCACGGAAAGGUCUCUCACAAUAAGCUGCCGACGCUGGCUGUCGUGGUCCAGGGCGAGCCAGAGGCCGGUCCCGGGGCUUUCUCUGUCGCAAACGCCGAGAAGGUCGUGGCCGACGACUUUGACAGGCUCAAAAAAGCCAUGGCGCCCGGGCAGCGUUUGAUUGCGCUCCCGCAGCUUAACGAGGCUCGCGACGCGACGAUAUCCGCGAUUGAGGAGGCAAAGGCGGCUAAAGAGGCCCGUGAUGCCCGCAUCAGGGCUGCCGCAGCCUGUGCGCUCGUCGCUAUGAAAGUUCUGCCCAAGAAGCCGAGUCCCCUGAUCAAAGCCAUCAUGGACAGCAUCAAGACGGAAGAGAACCAAGAGCUCCAGAGCCGCUCGGCUGCGACAAUCGCGCGCCUCGUGCAGCUCUUUACCGAAUCUGGCCGCCGCGGCCCAGCCGACAAGGUGGUUGCGAAUCUGGUCAAAUUCUCAUGCGUCGAAGUUGCGGAAACACCCGAAUUUCCAAACCAUGCUCACAAGACAAACGUCAUCCUCUCGAUGCAGAAGGAGGAGGAUCGUGUCGACCAUCCGGACGCAGCCAGGUUUGCAAGAGAAGCCAGGGCCGCCCGUAUCACCCGACGCGGUGCCAAAGAGGCUCUGGAGAUACUGUCGCAAACAUUUGGCCCAGAACUUCUGGAUCGUAUCCCCAGCCUGCAGGCAUUUAUGGAGGAGCCCCUGGUGAGAGCCUUCACCGGCGACUUGCCCUCGGAGGCUAGAGAUCCAGAAAACACAUUCGGCCAGGAGAUCAUUGAUGCCAUGUCUGUAAUCCGGACUAUGGCUCCAACAUUGCACUCGGCUCUUCAUCCUUUCGUCAUGCGGCAGGUGCCUUUGGUAAUCAAGGCUCUGCGGUCAGAGUUGUCCGUCUUCCGGUACAUGGCGGCCAAGUGCAUGGCAACUAUCUGCAGCGUGAUCACUAUCGAGGGCAUGACGGCGUUGGUGGAGAAGGUCCUUCCAUCCAUCAACAACCCCCUGGACCUCAACUUCCGGCAAGGCGCUAUCGAGGCCAUAUAUCACCUCAUCGCCGUGAUGGGGGACGCCAUCCUCCCAUAUGUCAUCUUCCUCAUCGUGCCUGUUUUGGGUCGGAUGAGCGAUUCGGACAACGAGAUCCGCCUGAUUGCUACUACAUCGUUUGCGACACUCGUGAAGCUGGUUCCGCUCGAGGCUGGUAUCCCGGAUCCCCCGGGUCUGUCGGAGGAGUUGUUGAAGGGCCGCGACCGCGAGCGCACAUUCAUAGCUCAACUCUUGGAUCCCAAGAAGGUCGAGCCGUUCCAGAUCCCCGUUGCCAUCAAGGCUGAACUUCGCUCCUACCAGCAGGAGGGUGUCAACUGGCUCCAUUUCCUCAACAAAUACCAUUUGCACGGCAUUCUCUGCGACGACAUGGGCCUCGGCAAGACACUACAGACGAUUUGCAUGGUGGCAAGCGACCAUCAUCAGCGUGCCGAGGAGUUCGCCAAGACGGGUGCCCCGGAGGUCAGGAGACUCCCGUCCCUCGUGGUUUGCCCGCCCACGCUCUCAGGUCAUUGGCAGCAAGAGAUCAAGACUUAUGCUCCAUUCCUCAGCGUGACGGCGUAUGUCGGUCCUCCAGCCGAGCGCAAGGCCAUGAAGGACCGGCUUGACCAGACGGAUAUCGUAAUCACCUCGUACGACGUCUGCCGAAAUGAUAUCGACGUGAUCGAGAAGUAUAAUUGGAACUACGUCGUCCUCGACGAAGGCCACCUGAUCAAGAACCCGAGAGCCAAAAUCACGUUGGCGGUCAAGAGGCUGAUCAGCAACCACCGGCUGAUUCUGACAGGCACGCCGAUUCAGAACAACGUUCUGGAGCUGUGGUCUCUCUUCGACUUUCUAAUGCCGGGCUUUUUGGGUGCUGAAAAGGUUUUCCUGGACCGAUUUGCAAAGCCGAUUGCGAACAGUCGGUACAGCAAGGCGUCGUCGAAGGAGCAAGAAGCUGGCGCGUUAGCCAUCGAAGCUCUGCAUAAGCAGGUCUUACCCUUCCUCCUCCGCCGUCUCAAGGAGGAGGUGCUGGACGACCUGCCGCCCAAGAUCCUCCAGAACUAUUACUGCGACCUCAGCGACCUGCAAAUCAAGCUGUUUGAGGAAUUCACCAAGAGAGAAGGCCGGAAGCUCUCGGAGCAGGCUGGCAGGGACGACAAGGAAGCCAAGCAACACAUUUUCCAGGCGCUGCAGUACAUGCGCAAGCUCUGCAAUUCUCCCGCCCUUGUCAUGAAGCCGGGCCACAGGUCCUACGAAGAGACGCAGAAAUACCUGGCCAAGCAGAACACGAGUCUCGAGGACCCGGUGCACGCACCCAAAUUGACAGCUCUCCGGGAUCUUCUUGUGGACUGCGGGAUCGGCACCGAAGGGGGCGAGUCGUCCGACCCGUUGUACACACCGAUCAAGCCACACCGGGCGCUCAUCUUCUGCCAGAUGAAGGAGAUGCUCGACAUGGUGCAGAACACGGUGCUGAAGACCAUGCUCCCGACAGUGCAAUACCUCCGCCUGGAUGGCUCGGUCGAGGCAAAUCGGCGCCAAGACAUCGUCAACAAGUUCAAUAGCGAUCCCUCGUAUGACGUGCUGCUGUUGACGACCAGCGUCGGUGGACUGGGGCUGAAUCUCACGGGCGCCGACACGGUCAUCUUUGUGGAGCACGACUGGAACCCGCAGAAGGAUCUGCAGGCGAUGGACCGGGCGCACCGCAUCGGGCAGAAGAAGGUGGUCAACGUGUACCGGCUCAUAACUCGCGGCACGCUCGAGGAGAAGAUCCUGGGCCUCCAGCGGUUCAAGAUUGACGUGGCGAGCACGGUAGUGAACCAGCAGAACGCGGGCCUGGCCACGAUGGACACUGACCAGAUUCUCGACCUGUUCAAUCUGGGCGAGUCGGGACCGAAUCUCAUAACGGAAGGGGGCAAGGAGAACCUGGAGGGUCGGGAGGAGGACAUGGUGGACAUUGAGACGGGUGACGUCCGACAGCCGGGCAAGAAGGCGGCGUGGCUCGAGGGACUGGGCGAGCUGUGGGAUAACGCCCAGUAUGAGGAAAGCUUCGACUUGGACGGCUUCCUCAAAACGAUGCAGUAGCCACCACACCACCACCCCCUCCCCUCCACCCCUCUUUUCCCCCUUUCCCAACCAACCCACACAUACACACACACUAUCUCUCUUUCUCUCUCUUCUUCCUCUCACACACACAUACAUACACGUACACACAUAUUUGUCUUUAUAUGGAUGGC